CUCCUCCCCUCCUGCAGCAGCCUGCCUGUGUAAGCAGUCAGUCCAGUGUGGCUGCAGCCUGAAUCCAGCGGCAAACACCAGUGACUGACUGCAUCUUUUAAUGCUAUCCGUAGGCCGCUGACUUUGUACAAUAAGAGACAAAGUGACACGAAAGUGAACCGGUGAAAUUGAAGUAAGCCAAUACCAUAUCUGUUCCCUCUAUUUUGGUUCUGACCAAGUGGGUAUUGUUCUACAAAUGGAUAAUGGAGACUGGGGCCAUAGGAUGACUACUCCUGUUACUUUGAACGUGGGAGGCCACCUUUACACCACCAGCUUGUCCACCCUGCAGCGUUACCCAGACUCCAUGCUGGGUGCCAUGUUCAGGGGAGAUUUCCCGACAACUCGUGACUCCCAGGGCAAUUAUUUCAUAGACCGUGACGGAACGCUUUUCCGGUACAUCCUGAACUUCCUGCGAACGUCUGAGCUCACCCUCCCGCUGGACUUCACAGAGACAGACCUCCUAAGGAAAGAGGCUGAUUUUUACCAGAUCGAACCUCUGAUCCAUUGUCUUAGUGAUCCCAAGCCCCUGUACCCUCCUGACAUCUUCGAGCAGGUGGUGGAGCUCUCCAGCACUCGAAAACUGUCCAAAUAUUCAAACCCUGUCGCUGUUAUCAUCACACAGCUAACCAUAACUACAAAGGUUCAUGGGCUGCUAGAAGGGAUUUCCAACAACUUUACCAAGUGGAACAAACACAUGAUGGACACCAGAGACUGCCAGGUGUCAUUCACCUUUGGACCAUGUGACUAUCAUCAAGAGAUCUCCCUAAGGGUUCACCUCAUGGAUUACAUCAUGAAACAAGGCUUCACCAUCCGCAACACGCGCGUGCAUCACAUGAGUGAGCGUGCAAACGAGAACACAGUGGAGCAUCACUGGACUUUCUGUAGACCGGCUCACAAAGUUGAGGACUAAGUAACAGCAGAGUUGUUAUGGAUGUCUGAUUUGUAUUCAUACUCCUCAAAUCAUGAUUAAAAACAAACAAAAUGCACCUAUGUUUCUGUAAUGAAUCAUAGAUACGAUUACUUUUCAUUGCCGUAAUCAAAGUGGUACAGAGCCCAGAACUCGAAUUUCAAUCCAGACAGACAGCACAAAAUAAACAAGUAUAUGAAUGAUUUAUUUAUUCAUCUGAGUGUUAACUUUUUGUGACACUCCAAUCUGUGCUACCACUACAUUUUUAACAACGUCUAAAAAAAAAAAAAAACAUCCCUUAUGAAACAAAGUGACCCAGUAUUAGAGAUGGUAUUUAGUCAGGGGGAAACUGUUGAAAUAAAUAACUAAACAUGCGGGUACAUUGACAGCAUGAAUGAAGGAAACUUCUGGAGCACCUCUCAAUUCAGCUUCUUUAACAUGGUUGAAACAGACUGACGUCCCAACACAGCAGGUGUCUGCCUCAGAACCAACAUGGGGGUACAUUGAUUUAAUGGAAUGACUUUGAUUUGAUGUGGUUCCAGUACCUUCAUCUGUUAAUUCUUAAGUCAGAAAUAAAGUAAAUAGGAGGCCAUGAUUUGAUUUGUGUUGCCUACCUACAUGAAUUAAUGUAAUAUUAGAUAACCAUUUCAGGGAAAAGGAGGAAAAAAAGGUUUUGACCCCAUAUAGUAGCUGCCUCCUAUGUACUGGACAGGAGGCGACAUGAACUAAUACUGUAAUCCAAAUUGUCAGGUGCAUUUCUUUUUUUGAUAGUAAAUUAUGAUUAUCUGAAGCCCUUAAUCAUUCUGGGGAGCUUUUAUUAUAUUUUCAUUUUAGUCCUAGCUCUCUAUUGUCUCCUAAUUAUGGUAGUAUUUCUGAAGACCAGAGUUGUUGUUGCAUGUGUCUGAGUGUCCUGUCUAUAUAUAUAUAUAUCUGUGUUGUGCUUUGCAGUAUUGUGUCACAGUGUUCAUAACAACAGUGAUGUGUUUAGUUACCCAAGCCAAAAUAAACCCAUUGUGUAUUUGUCACUCAUUAA